GGAACCGUUUAACUCAUAUCUCUCCGCGAUCGAAAACAUGCGUAACAAAUACCUGGCCGUUCUGAUAUGCGCCUCCUGCUUUUGCGGCUGCAUUGCGGAUAGCUACUCCGGGGACAUCCAGAACUCGAAUUCUUUGGAUUUCGGCAACGACGAUGGAGGCUACAGCUAUAGCUCCCCACCGAGCAACAGCUACCUUCCUCCAGCCACCCCCGCUCCGGAGUACCUGCCUCCGAAUAAUGGAUACCAAUACAACCCGCCUCCCAAAAACAACUACCUGCCACCUCCGAACAACAACUACCUUCCUCCGCCUCCUGAGUAUGGACCGCCAGCCGGAUAUCCUGUGUACGGUCCACCACCUCCUCCCUUUUAUAAGCCAGCCCCACUUUUGCCCUAUCAUUCGCACGAAUCUUUUCUGGAAAAACUAAAGUCCAAGAUCAACUUGUAUACCCUUGGAAAGAUUUUGCUGAAGCUCUUGAUAUUCAAGAAAAUUGUCAAGUUUAUUGGCUUGCUUUUCUUGCUCCUGGUUUUGCCAAAGCUGAAAGAUAUUUUCAAGGACGACAUGAUGUCUGGUUCCAGCGAGAGCGAUGGCAUGGAAAGUAAAUUUGUGGAGACAGAUAAGGAUAAAUUAGCCAAACAAAUUGAAGACCUUUACGAUUUCGUAAUAAGCUCUAUAGAAAAUUUUGAAGGAAGGAGCUCGUAGAUCCAUGCCAAAACUAGUUAAUGUAUUGUUACGAAUUGUAUUACAUUUGAUUAUUUAUUUGUUAAAAUUUCUCCUAUAAAUAAAACCUAAUUAUAUUUUAUA